AGUACGUAUCAUCAGUAAUAGCAAGAAGACGAACGAGAGUUCUGAUUUUUAAAAGAUAUGAUUCCCGCAAUUCAUCGCGACGUAAUUAUACACGUUCUCUUUGUGUAGUGACGUGUAUGUACCUUUAUAAUUUAAGUGAACUCCGCAUCAUGGCAACCAGUAUUAUCUCCAGUUACGAGUUGCUUGGCUGAUAUAACGGAGCUGCUGCAACUACCAGAGUUACAGUGCAUUCAACCGCACUACUGGAUUCAACUACGUCGUAUUUAUAAUCCUUACCGUUUAUUUAAAUAUUGUUGAACUUAUAAGUUUUAUGACCUACAUAAUUGUGUCAACACUCACAAAUGAUCAUUGUAUAGUCAAUGACUGAAGAAAAUGGGAACUUUUGAAAUACUAUGCGGCAUUGCCGCAGUAUUUCUCGCUGUAUAUUAUUAUUUGACGGCAACCUUCAAUUUUUGGAAGUCACGUGGUGUUCGCGGUCCAAAACCGACAAUAGGAUUUGGAACUUUUAAAGAUGUUCUGCUUAUGAAACAAUCUCUCAAUGAUUAUUUGGCGGAAAUAUACAAGGAUUACAAGGAUGAAUCUAUGGUUGGAAUAUUCACUAACAGGACACCCGUUCUUGUCGUACAAGAUCCAGAAAUAAUUAAGGAUAUUCUUAUCAAAGAUUUCACCAAGUUUGCUGAUAGAGGAUUUCCAUUUCACGAAAAGUUAGAUCCACUAUCGCCACAUCUUUUCGCUUUAGAGCCUAAAAGAUGGCGACCUAUAAGGACAAGGUUGUCGCCCGUUUUUACAUCCGGUAAAUUAAAGGAGAUGUUCUCUUUGAUCUCACAAUGCGCGGAUCGACUUGAACUAUAUGUAGAAAAAUUAUCGUGCAAAAACGAGCCCGUAGAAUGUCGCGAAUUGACGGCCAAAUAUACAACCGAUGUAAUCGGUACUUGUGUUUUCGGCCUAGAGAUGAAUGCUCUCUCGGACGAAAAGAGCGAAUUUCGCGAGAUGGGAAGAGCGAUUUUUGCGCCAACUUGGGACAAUGUUAUACGGGGAAGAUGCAAACAAUUCCUACCGUGGUUUUGCGAUGUACUCAGUUACAUACUACCUCCGACAAAGAUCACCAAGUUUUUUACACGCAUUGUUAUCGAGACGAUGGAGUACAGAGAUACGAAUAAUAUUGUUAGACAUGAUUUUAUUGAUACGUUGCGCGAAUUAAAAAAACAUCCAGAAAAAAUGAGUGAUAUCGAAUUGACCGAUACUUUGAUAGCUGCUCAAGCAUUUGUAUUUUUUGCUGCUGGUUUUGAAACUUCAUCGACGACCAUAAGUAAUGCCCUUUACGAAUUGGCAAUAAAUCAGGAACUACAAGAUAAGCUACGUGCGGAAAUUAAUGAAGAGUAUACGAAACAUAAUGGCAAUUUUACAUAUGAAAAUACAAAAAAAAUGAGUUAUUUGGAUAAAGUUUUCAAAGAAACUUUGCGAAAAUAUCCGCCAGUACCGACACUUACAAGAAAAUCAAUGUCGAGUUAUACUUUUGCUGGUAGCAAAGUUACUAUACCAAAAGAUCUAGAGAUAUUUAUUCCUAUUUACGCGAUUCAACGAGAUCCGAACGUUUAUCCAAAGCCAGAGGUGUUUGAUCCAGAAAGAUUUUCAGACGAAAUUAUGCAAACCAGGAAUCCAAUGUACUAUCUACCUUUCGGGGAUGGACCAAGGAAUUGUAUUGGUGCUCGUUUUGCUGUUCAUCAGACGAAGAUUGGACUUAUAAAAAUACUGCGAAAUUAUACCGAAAUUUGCGAAAAAACGCAAAUACCCUAUAUAAACCAUCCUAAGACUUUUCUAUUAACACCAGCUGGCGGAAUAUAUUUGAAAAUGAUUAAAAUCAAUCGAUCUUACAAAAAUCACUUUACACCGAUUACUUAUAGCAAAUUCGAUUGGAUGCACCAAUUAAUUGAGAACUGCAAGAUAAUGGUACCCGUUGAAGUAUUGUGCGGCAUUGCUGCCCUAUGUUACGCUGUUUAUUAUUACUUGACAUCGAAUUAUGAUUUUUGGAAAUCACGUGGCGUUCGUGGUCCAAAACCGUUACCGGGUUUCGGUAAUAUUAAAGAUAUUCUACUUAGAAAAAAAUUCUUGGGUGACUAUACGAGGGAUAUAUAUAAUAUGUACAUAGAAGAAGACAUGAUUGGAAUAUUCUCUAGAAAAACACCAAUCCUUCUUGUAAAAAAUCCAGAAUUAAUUAAAAAUAUACUCGUCAAAGAUUUUUCCAACUUCGCAAACAGAGGAUUUCCUGUUAGUGAAAAAUCAGAUCCAUUGUCGCAACAUCUUAUCAACUUGGAGCCUGACAGAUGGCGACCUUUAAGAAUAAGAUUGACGCCUGCUUUUACAUCUGGUAAAUUAAAGGAGAUGUUCUCUUUAAUGUUGAAAUGCGCCGAUCAUUUUGAACAAUAUAUAGAUAAAAUAGUGAAAAAAAACGAGUCGAUAGAAUGUCGCGAAUUGACCGCCAAAUACACGACCGAUGUAAUCGGUACAUGUGCCUUCGGCCUAGAGAUGAAUGCUUUAUCGGAUGAAAACAGCGAAUUUCGCAGGAUGGGAAGAUUAACUCUUGAGCCGAACUGGAAAAAUAAUUUACGGUUAAAUAUAAGACUAUUAAUGCCACGGUUCUACAAAGUUUUCCAUUAUCUCCUACCACGCUCUGAGGUGGUCACAUUUUUUAUACGCGUUGUUAGAGAUACAAUAAAAUAUAGAGAAAUGCAUAAUGUCAUUAAGCACGAUUUCAUCGAUAUUCUGCGCGACUUAAAAAAACAUCCAGAUAAAUUGGGCAAUAUCGAGUUAACCGAAAGCUUGAUAACUUCUCAAGCAUUUGUAUUUUUCAUUGCUGGCUUUGAAACUUCAUCGACUACCAUGAGCAAUGCACUCUAUGAAUUGGCACUAAAUCAAAAUGUACAAAACAAAUUACGUGAGGAAAUUGACGAAGAGUACAUUAAGCACGGUAGCAAUUUAAUAUAUGAGACUGUAAAGAAGAUGAAUUACUUGGACAAAGUUUUCAAAGAGACUUUACGAAAAUAUCCACCACUGACAGUUCUUAUGAGACAAUCAAUGUCAAGUUAUACUUUCGAGGGUACCAAUGUUAGUAUACCAAAAAAUCAGAAGAUAUGGAUUCCGAUUUUCGCGAUUCAUCGGGAUCCGAAUAUUUAUCCGAAACCAGAUAUUUUUGAUCCAGAAAGAUUUGCUGACGAAGCAGUGCAAACCAGACAUGCGAUGCAUUAUCUACCUUUCGGCGAUGGACCAAGAAAUUGCAUUGGUGCUCGCUUCAGCAUUCAUCAAACAAAGAUUGGUCUUAUAAAGAUACUACGAAACUAUAAAGUCGAAACUUGUGAUAAAACGCAAAUACCCUACGUAACUGAUCCUAAAGCGUAUGUAUUAACUCCAAAAAAUGGAAUACACUUGAAAAUAACUAAAAUCAAUCGCACUUAG